UCCGGGUGGGAGGUGAGGGGGACGCGGGGUCGUCAUGGCGAGUAACGCCGCCAGCCUUAACGCGGUGCGGGAGACGAUGGACGUUCUGUUUGAGAUAUCAAGAAUAUUAAACACUGGUUUGGAUAUGGAGACAUUGUCUAUUUGUGUGCGGCUUUGUGAACAAGGGAUAAAUCCAGAAGCAUUAUCAUCUGUUAUUAAAGAACUGCGUAAGGCUACGGAAGCUCUAAAGGCUGCUGAAAAUAUGACAGGCUGAUAAGGGAGAAGAUUUCUGUGUGAGAAGAAUGCCACGUUAAAGUUAACAGAGGCUUUGAAGAUUGCCAUUAUUCAGAAAAAAGUGAAAUAAGUGUGUGUGCAAAGCUUUCAGGAUAUUUCUAUAAGUUUUUUGUAAAGGAUGAUAUAUAGAAUAGAUUUGAAGAGUUUUUUAAUAAGUUUACCAAUAAUCUCAUUACCUCCUAUUUUUGUGAACUAUUUGUGAAUAUACUGCAAUUGCUCUUCUUUGGCAUCCAGUAUUUUUCAAACAGUGUCAGGUACUGCACACUUGCUGAAUUUACUAGUGUGUAGCAAUGAAUAUUAUUAUAAUGAGUAUAGCUUGUAAAUGCAUCCUUUAGAACUGAUAAUAUAUCCUGGUUUUUAUCUCUUGCUUUGAUGAAAAAUUACAAUUUUAGUAUUGUUUAUGGACGAGAUGGAAAUGAAGCCCAUCCUGACUUUAUUUAAUUAGAGUAUGAGUAGUGACUUAAGUCUCAAUCCGAAAGUAAGAAAUAAAGCACUUUUGAUAACGUAAGUAAUGAAUUGUCCUUUUGAUUCAAAUUGCUGGAAAAAAUGUUUGUUUGUUUGUUGUUUUUUUUUUUUUUAACUUUAAUAACAAAGGAACUUGUUAUCCAUGCAGAAAUGUGUGAAAAUUUAAAUUCUAGAUGGAAUAUUUUAUGGAGUUCAGAGGCUACAUUUGUUCUGAGUACUAGACCUAAAAAUAUUAAGGCUGAAUUAUUAAUGCAUAGUCAAAGCACAUAUGAGAAUUAUUGGAUGUGGAUGAUGGGACUCAAUGAGUCUUAAGCAGUUGUUUGGUAUAGGAAUGUCUCCUCAUUCAGCACUAGGAAUCUUCACUGAUGCCAAAGCAGGUGUUUGUAGUAUAUACAGUAAACUGUUUAUCAUGUUACUUUCCAGUAAAUACAUUUGCAUCCAGGGAUUCUACUUCAUAAGAAAAUGGUUUCUUGUGUGUUCAUCAUCUGCUGCUGUUAAAGCUUCUUCAAUUUUUUGGUUAGCAUGGUUUCAAGGUGUAGUGUUAAUGGGACCUCAAAUAACCUCCAAAGUUAAUAGGGUGGAGCACAUCUGGAAAUGAACCUUGGAUCUUACUUAAGCCAAACAUUAUAUUUGUGCAGAGAAAAAGUUCUUUCUGCUUUUAAGAAUUUACAUCAUAUGUACUUGAGAUCAUAGCUCUACAAAAGGCGAUGGAGAAGGCUAAAUACACCAUAUUGCUGGCAGAGAAAAUAGAAAAAUAUUUAUAUUACACCAAACUGCUUACCAUUAUUUCUAGUUAGCCUGGCCAAAAAAAUCAUUCCAGGAGGGUGCUGUGAAAACUUCUGGAUAACUGAGUUGGGGGGGGAUUUUUAAAUGGCAACAUUUUGUUCACUCACGAACACUUAAAAUCAGUUGUAAAUUGGUGGUGUUACCCCAGAUUUAUAACUUCUGAAUACUGAGAGUAAUGCUUUUUGAAAACAUUGUCUAUAUCCCUUCAUACUAGGGAUACCUUGAUAAAAUUUAUCCUAGGAAGUUUGAAAACUCAGUAAAAGAUCAUGAAAACAUCAGGUCAGAUCAACACCAAUUGCCAAUUAGCUCUUAAAUGCUUAAAACCAGCUGGCAAAUGCAAUAUAAGAACAACGUUUAUAUAUAAUUCUUGAUCUGUUCGGUAGGUUGCACCUACUAUUUUACCAUCAAUAAGCUUACAGUUUUUAUGCACUUAGACAUUUGCUGGUAGACCAUUUAUUAUGCAGAAUUAUAGAAGCAGGGCAUGGUUUUGACGUUCAAACACCUGGUUUCAUGUAUAUAAAACUAAAAAUGCAUCAUUUUUAUUAUUACAGUGAACUAGAUGGUAACAUUGGUUAUACUUAGAAGUUCGUAUUUACAAAAUGAAAUGCAAACCUUAAGGUUGAAUAUUUAACAUACAUGGGCUGAAAGCAGGAAGGACAUGUUCCUUAAAACUGGUAGAUCUGUGGUUACCUGGAAAGUCUGUAUAUUUUUCUUCAGUGUACUUGGCAAAGUUUCUUUCAAAAUACUGUGUGGAACACAUGUGCUUAGGAGUUGGUGUAACAGAAGUCCUAAUUGCUUUUGAUUUGGGGUACCAUCCAGAACAAAUACACGAAAUAUUUUUUUUCUUCCUCUUGGUAAAAAAAAAAAAAAAAAAAAAGAAAAUUCCUCUAGUAGGGAGUUUCAUACUGGAAAUGUUUCUCUGCAAUAAAAUAAAUCUCCUGCUAUUAGCAUCGCCAUUAUGUGAACAUGAGCACUCGGGCUUACCAUUGAUGGCUGAGAAGCCUUGGCUGCAUUUGACACACACCACCUUCUACUACAUUUAACUAAGAAGCCAAGCAAACAGCACAUGCUUUUCUUCUGGGCUCCUUACAUGCUUUUGGAACUCAUGAAAAGACAAACAUAACAGGACUAGCUGUCCAGGUCCUGAGCAAAGAUUUUUUCUAACACAAUAGCCUCUUUUGUAGUCAAAAGCAGCUGCCUGAGGAAGGAUAAGAACAAUGUAAGCACAUUUGGUUCUUUUCCGUAUGUGUUCUCCUAGCUUCCAAGUGUCUUCUAUUCCAGGCUUUCCUGAACAUCAUGUGGUUUGUUGAUUUAGUAAUCCCCAGUGCUUCUUUUUCCAGUACUUGUCCAGUUUCCCUUGGACUGUAUAGGCCUCCUGAAUAACAGCAGCUUUUAUCAAUUGAUGUCUGUUGCAUAAAGAAUUGUCGCUUGUUGAUUUUGAAUCUGAUUUUUACUAGCUUAAUUUAAAAUUUCCUGCAUAGUAAGCUUCUACCUACCAUGUGUGUGCCAGUCAUGGUUCUGCAGAUAUAUAACAUUCACCUUUAAAUUUCUUCUUCUAAACUAAAAUGCAUUAGUUAAAAUAUUCCUUGAGUAGCCAAAGGCAUGGAAUAUCUUCUGCAUUUAUUGUGCUUUGCAACUUUUCUGGGUCUCGUAUAUUCUGAGAAGGGAAUCAAAACUGCAUGCGGCAUUAGACAUGUAGUUAAGUACUGGCCUGUUUACUUUCAUGUUCUUUAUUCCUUUCCUAGUAAUUCCUAAUACUUGACCUUUUAAAUCUGAAUUGAGCACUGAGCUCUUUUCCUGGCGUUAUCUAUCGUAACCACAGGAUCUUAGUCUUGAGAGAUAAUGCUAAGCUCAGAGGCUAUUUUUCCAGGUGAAACUAUGGUUGUUUAUCUCCAUGUGUAUAAUUUUUUAUUUAUCUAUGCUGAAUUGCAUCUGACAUUGUAUUUCUUAAUCAGUCUUACAUAUCUUCCUGCAGUUCUUCACAGUUUGCCAGUAGUCUUACUAACUAAAGUCUAAAGUGAUCACUAACUUCA